ACGCCAUCUCCCCGCGCCAGCCGCCCGCCGCAGAGCGCCGCAACGUGCCCGGCCGGGCUUAGCGCGGGGCCGUGACGGGGUCGGAGGGCCGCGGGCCGAUGCGGGGCGGGCAGGAUGCAGCAGAAGCUGCUGCGCAGCGCGCACUACAUCGAGCUGGGCGGCUACCAGUACUGGCCCGUGCUGCUGCCGCGCGGCAUCCGCCUGUACACCUACGAGCAGAUCCCCGUCUUCCUGAGGGACAACCCCUACAUCACCGACGGCUACCGCGCCUACCUGCCCUCCCGCCUCUGCCUCCGCAGGUACGGCCGUCCCCGGGGCCGGGCCCGGGCCUCGGAGCCCCGCUCAGCCCCACCGUGUCUCCCCGCAGCCUCUUCAUCCUCUCCAACGAGAGCGUCAACAUCUGGAGCCACCUGCUGGGCUUCCUGCUCUUCUUCACGCUGGGCAUCCGCGAUCUGACCGUCGUGCUGCCCGCCGCCCGCGCCGCCCGCGAGGACUUCGUCAUCUGCGCCGUCUGCCUCUUCUGCUUCCAGGUCUGUAUGCUUUGCUCAGUAGGAUAUCAUCUCUUCUGUUGUCAUCGCUCAGAGAAGACCAGCCGACGAUGGAUGGCAUUAGAUUACGCAGGAAUUUCCAUUGGUAUCCUAGGCUGCUACGUAUCAGGCGUGUUUUAUGCAUUUUAUUGUAGUAAAUACUGGCGUCAGGUGUACUUAAUCACUGUGCUGGCAAUGAUCUUGGCAGUAUUUUUUGUUCAGAUUCAUCCCAAUUACCUCACGCAGCAGUGGCGCAGGCUGCGCUCCAUCAUCUUUUGCUCAGUGUCUGGAUAUGGCAUUAUUCCUACUAUCCACUGGGUUUCGCUCAACGGCGGCAUUGGUGCAGCUAUUGUACAGGAGUUUGCUCCCCGUGUGGUUGUCAUGUAUUUCAUCGCUGCUGUAGCAUUUCUCUUCUAUAUUUCUAAAGUUCCAGAAAGAUACUUCCCAGGACAGCUCAACUACCUCGGUUCUAGUCACCAAAUAUGGCACAUCCUUGCAGUAGUGAUGCUGUACUGGUGGCACCAGUCUGCAGUGUACAUCAUGCAGUACCGACAUAGCAAGCCCUGUCCUGAGCAUAGCGUGGACUUGUGAGUGAAGAGGCACUGCAAUGAAAUUUCUUACUAUGGGAGUCUGAACCUGACAAAUAUGCAGAGUUAUGAAAUUAAGCACUAAGAUGGUUCGUGUCCAAUUUCUGGACUGUUACUCUACUCCUUGGGAUGGUACAUUACCAGGAAUGCUGGGGAAAAAAGGAGCAUUGCCUGGGUCUCAGUACAACAUCUAAACAUUUCUUGAACACCUCCAGGGUCAGUGACUGCACCACCUCCCUGGGCAGCCCAUUCCAGCGCCUGACCACUCUCUCAGAGAAGUUAUUUCCUAACGUCCAACCUGAAUCUCCCCUGGUGCAACUUGAGGCCAUUUCCUCUGAGAUCUGAGAUUCACUUCCUUCUCAUCCUUUCCUGUUCUGAAAUCAAGUACAAAGCAGGUCAUCCUUAGAGUGGGACAACAAAAAGGUGGUCUGUAAAACUAAGUACUUGGAGCACUGCAUUAUUUUCCUGGUUGGUAAAGCUAGCAGGCCCAUAUGCCACGUCUUCAGGUUUUGUUCAAGUGCAGAAUGAAAAAAACACGCUCCCAAUAGCGUGCUUUUAGAACUAUGAUUAACUGAGAGGCUGGUCUUGGAUCUAAGCUGCAUUGGUACAGCGUGCUGUAUCCUUCAGAAUCAUCAUCUCAGUGAUGUGUGUACACUUCAGCGUCGGUACAGUAAUGUAUAAUGUCCAAUUCAGUGGUGUCUUGUACUUUUCUAGUUGUUUCCCUUUUUCUGGGAGAUGGAUGUUAUCUACCAUAUCUAUCUUGAUUUCAAAACUUAAGUUGCUUCCUAAAGUCUAGGUGGUGCCAUUACUUCAACAGAUCUCUCUACAGCACUUUGGUGCUUCUGAAUACAGUAUUCUGAAAUAUUCCAGGAGUAGUCUUACACUUGCUUUUACCUUGAAAUUUAGUAGAGGUGCAAAGAAUUUUUUUUCUAAGUUACGUGUUCUUUUAGCAGGUGUAAAUAACAAGCCCAGAGUAGUGAGACUGUUGUCAAUUCAAGUAAGUGAACUUUGGCCUUUGAAUAUGACUCAUGCUGCACUUCCAACACUUCAUUAAUUGAAGUGACUUAUUGCCAUAUGCUUUCUGCAGUAAAAAGACAGCCUUGGGUUUUUACAGUCUGCAGUUGAACCAUGUCUUGUAAUGUGAACACUAAAGAGACACGAGCUACGAAGGUUGUUAGAUACCUGGUGCUCAGCAUGAAGAAGCUCAGUGGGUGCCAGCCUGGAGGCUGGCAGGGUGCUGUUUGGUCCCACCAAAGCUGCCUCUCGCCUGGGCAAAACAUUCCCAACUCCCUCAGCCUUCCUUGCAGGGAAUGUGCCAAUGAGAUGUGGCCAAGGGAAUAGCAAUGGACAUUUACUGGCACGUGUUUAUCUCAUACCAGGGAUGGAGGAGGCAGGACCCUUCCUCUUCUACUGGUACGCUGGAGAAGCAAUGCUGUCAGUUAAGCUCAGUGAGGAUUUGAUGUUGUAUUUCUUCCCAGCUCCAGAAACGGUUACUGGAAAGAACUAAAUGCAUUUGAAGUUCAAAUCCUAGUCUUCUGAGCCUUCCAGUAUGAACACUGAUUUUUUUUUUCUUUUUAAAACUUGAGAGCAAAGCAAGUUUAAAGUGCACUAAUGACUACUGCUGACGCCUGACAAGGAACCUGCAAUUGUUAGAGCCUGUUUUCAGUGUAACGUGAACAAUAACAUUUGAAGAAUGUGUGGCUGUGUACUGAAAACAUACUCACGGUUUGCUAAUUUUUUUUUCAAACCAACUACUGUAGCAGUUUUCACUGGAUAAGAAAACAUUGUUAAGUUGUACAUUUUUAUUAUCCUGACUAAAUUUAUCAACCUGCAUGAUGGCCUUUUCUGUAAAUACUGAACCUGUAAAUAAAUUUUGGUUCAUUGCA